CUUCCUGAAAACAUCAUUCAGUGUGAGCACAGAAUUCCAGAGCCAUAGGGCAGAACAAAGAGAGUAAUCAAAUCUAGUAGGAGAAGACUGCUCAUUUAGUUUAUCCGAAGAAACAGACUUUUGCAACUGAAAAAAAUGCCUCCACCUCGUGUAAACAAGAAACCCAAGAAUGAAUCCACACCAAAUGACAACACGGGCACUCUCGACGACCCUUUGAAAUUCUUGGAUCAGGACUACCAGGAGUUGAAGAAGAGCUGCAUCACCAAUCAAAAGAGAUUUGUUGAUGACAAGUUCCCUCCAGAAAGCAGCUCCAUUGACCCAAAGAACAAACUUAAAUUGGAUCUGGACCAAAUCGAAUGGUUGAGACCAUCAAAAAUAGUGUCAGACCCUCAGAUCAUUGUACAGGGGGUCUCCCGGUUUGACUAUUCCCAAGGAUCUUAUUUAGGAAACUGCUGGUUUCUUGCUUCAGUUGGUGCUUUAACAUUUCAGAAGGACAUCAUGGACCAGGUCAUGCCAGCUGACCAGUCAUUUGGUAAAGAUUAUGCAGGGAUAUUCCACUUCAGAUUCUGGCGGUUUGGGAAAUGGAUUGACGUGGUCAUUGAUGACAAACUUCCAACAAUCGAUGGCAAACUUGUUUUUGUUCUUUCAAAAACAUCUAAUGAGUUUUGGCCUGCAUUACUGGAGAAAGCUUAUGCCAAGGUGUGCGGCUCCUAUGCUGACAUGGAUGCUGGUCGUGUAUCUGAAGCUCUGCUAGACUUCACUGGUGGCGUCCACGUGUGCCUUGAACUAGAAAAACCUGCUAUUGAUUUGUGGAACCUGAUGGACCGUGCAGCCAAAACUAAGGCUCUGAUGGCCUGUGGCUCCCAUCAGGGGGAAACAUCUGAGAAUGUAUUACCCAAUGGUAUUGUUCAAGGCCACGCAUAUACAGUGACGGGGGUUUUUAAGGUAACAUGCCAAGAAAAACCAGUGAGGCUGGUGAGAGUGUUGAAUCCGUGGGGAAGAGGCGAGUGGAACGGUGCCUGGAGUGACAAGUCAUCGUUGUGGAACAAAGUGAGUGAGAAGGAGCAAACAAAGUGUCGUUCUUUGGCCAAUGAUGGGGAGUUCUGGAUGUCAAUGGAGGACUUCACCAAAAACUUCGAAGACACUGAUAUUUGUUGCCUCAGACCUGAUUUUCUGGACAGUUCCUCUAAAUGUAUUUGGACAACUACACACUACAAUGGUAUCUGGGAAUCUGGGACUACAGCUGGUGGCUGCAUCAAUAAUAAAGGUAGCUCAUAUAUAAAUGCAUAGAGAGAGAGAGAGAGAGAGAGAGAGAGAUUCAUGCAGACUAGUUGUCUAUCGUCAGUUGAAUUCCUAUAUCAGUAUGUCCAAUGUUUUAGGUACUUUUCAGUCGGGUUUUAGAUCACUGCACACCAUGGAAACUGCAUUGUUGAAGGUUAGCAGUGACGAUGCUGGUUCAUAUACGGUGCUUGUUUUGUUGGAUUUAAGCGUGGCAUUCGAUACAAUUGAUCAUAGUAUUCUGUUACAUCGGUUGAAAAAGGUGGUAGGUGUUCAGGGUGUCACUCUGCAGUGGUUGGCUUUUUACCUCAAAGACAGAACCUUCUCAGUGAGCAUUGGGAAGUUUUCUUCUUCGUCGUUUUCCUUGUCAUGCGGUGUGCCUCAAGGGUCCAUUUUAGGCCCUCUUCCCUUUUCACUUUACAUGCUUCCCUUGGGUGCCAUUUUUUCGACGUUGGAGUAGGGUAUGAGUGGUUCUGAAUGAAUGAAUGAAACACAUUUGUCCGUGUUUCA